AUGACUCUGUUCUGCGUCGUCUUCGGUGUGAUGUCUGUAAGCUCCAUCGUGCAGUACAUCCCAGACUCAGCAUCGGGUCACCACGCCGCUGUGGAGGUCUUCCGCCUCAUCGACCAGGUUUCCAAGAUCGAUGCCACGCGGCCCACCGGGCACAUCGAGAGCAUCGGUGAUGGCAACAUUGAGUUCAAGGACGUCUUCUUCUGGUACCCUCAUCGCCCCGAGGUGAGGGUGCUCAAGAAGCUCAACUUCAAGAUUGAGAAGGGUCAGGCAGUCGCCUUGGUGGGCUUCUCCGGCAGUGGCAAGUCCACCGUGAUCCAGCUUCUGCAGCGGUUCUACGACCCGCAGGCCGGUUGCAUCCAAGUGGGUGGCCAGAACCUGCGCGAUCUCAAUGUGGCGUGGUGGCGUAAGCAGGUUGGCAUGGUUGGACAAGAGCCCGUGCUCUUUGACGUGACCCUGGAAGAGAACGUGAGAUAUGGCAAUCAGGAGGCCACAGAUGAACAGGUGACAGAUGCAGCUAGGGCAGCAAACAUGGACUUCGUCUUCGCCGGAAACGUGAAGUGGGCGGAUCGGGUGGGGCUUCGUGGAGAAAAGCUGUCCGGCGGACAGAAGCAGCGCGUCGCCAUUGCUCGUGCCUUGCUCCGGCGACCCCAGUUCAUGCUUCUCGAUGAGGCGACGUCGGCGCUGGACUCGACCUCUGAGCGUUUGGUGCAGCUGGCUAUGCAGGAGGCGCGGGUCGGCAAGACAACCAUCACUGUGGCUCACCGCCUUUCCACGAUUCAGAACUCAGACAAGAUCUUCGUGAUGGCCAACGGCCGAGUCGUGGAAUCGGGCACCUAUACCGAGCUGAUCAACAUG